UGCACAUUGUGAUUCUUUGAGCAAUAGGAGAGCUUUUUCACAGGUCCAGUGGCAGUCCCAGUCCACCAGACAGAAUGUCUGACAAAGCAGCCUUCGACACUAAUGUGCUGACCCUCACUAGGUUUGUCCUGGAGGAGGGCAGGAAGGCCCAGGGCACAGGCGAGCUCACAAACCUUCUCAACUCCAUCUGCACAGCUGUCAAAGCCAUCUCCACUGCUGUCCGCAAGGCUGGGAUCGCCAACCUCUAUGGCAUUGCGGGGAGCACAAACGUGACAGGAGACCAAGUAAAGAAGCUGGAUGUGUUGUCAAAUGAUUUGGUCAUCAACAUGAUCAAGUCCUCCUUCUCCUCCUGUGUGCUGGUGUCUGAGGAGGAUGAGAAGGCCAUUAUUGUGGAACCAGAGAAGAGAGGAAAGUACAUUGUGUGCUUUGAUCCUUUGGACGGUUCUUCAAACAUUGACUGUCUUGUCUCAAUUGGGACCAUCUUUGCUGUCUACAAAAAGACCACAGAUGACGAGCCUUGUGAGAAAGAUGCCCUUCAGUCUGGGAGAAACAUAGUUGCAGCUGGUUAUGCUCUUUAUGGCAGUGCCACUAUGAUGGUCCUAUCUACUGGACAAGGAGUCAACUGCUUCAUGCUUGACCCUGCCAUCGGUGAGUUCAUUCUAGUAGAUCGAGAUGUAAAGAUUAAGAAAAAGGGGAAAAUUUACAGUUUAAAUGAAGGAUACGCACAGCAUUUUUUCCCAGAUGUAACAGAGUAUCUACAAAAGAAGAAAUACCCAGAGGAUGGCUCUGCUCCUUAUGGUGGACGCUAUGUGGGUUCUAUGGUUGCAGAUGUUCAUCGUACCUUGGUGUAUGGGGGGAUCUUUUUAUAUCCUGCCAAUGUCAAAAGUCCUAAAGGAAAGCUGAGGCUGCUGUAUGAAUGCAACCCUAUGGCCUACAUUAUGGAGCAGGCAGGAGGUAUGGCCACCACAGGGUCAAUGAAUGUUCUGGACAUCGAGCCCACCUCCAUCCACCAGAGAGUCCCAGUGGUUUUGGGCUCUCCUGAUGAUGUCAAAGAGUACAUCGCAAUCUACCAAAAACACGCCAAAUGAGGGAGAAGACAUGUUUUUGCACCCACCCCACAUUUUGUCUGAUAUAAAGAAAAAAAUAUGACUCACUCAGGUUUUUAGUGGUGUUGGUGUGUAUUAUUUGUAUCUUACAAUAAAUAUAGCAAAUGUUUAUAUGAAA